AUGCUGAGCGAGGCCGCUGGGCUUCCAGGUGUGAGGGAUGCUGAAGGUGCAGCAGCGGGGCAGGAGGAUGCCCGGGGCAGCUGUGGGCGGAGGCGGAGGGGGCACCGAGCGUGGGGUGACUGGGAGCAAAAGCUGCAGCGGCUGAGGGUGCGGGCAGGGGGCGUGGGCCGGGACCACCGACAGACGGCCACCCAGCAGGGGCCGCGGAGGGAGGCAGGAAGCACCGCAGACCGCAGGCCUUUAGCGUUGUGCCCCGAAUUACAAAGCAAACAGCACAGGCGAUUGCCACAGCUCAGCCAAGACAACGGCUACGAUAAUGAAACCCGCAACCGGUGA